AUGAUGAAGGAGCGGUUCAAGGAUUACCACAGUAAGUUACACCGGCAGUACAAGCGGUGCAUGAGCCACGAGGAGGUCGUACAGUCCGUACCGCUGCACGUGAUCGAUGAGAACUGGCGGAUACUCUGGGAUAGGUUUUCGUCUGAUUCUUUUCAGAAGAGGAGCAAAAUAAAUUCUGACAACAGAGGAAAGUUAAAAGUGAACCACAUAGUUGGUUCAAAGUCAUUUGUAAGACUUCGUCACGACAUGGAGGAGAUGGACACCUUACGCAGUCAGCCCACUCCCGAUGGUACUCAGCGGAGUGAGCUAGAGAUCCUGAGUCAGGUGCUUGGCACCCAUUCUGGAUAUGUGCGUGGGUUUGACUAUGGUGCCAAACUCAUGGCACCCGCUAGAACUGCCUCUAGCUGA